AUGGAUGGUGAAUUUGAGAUAUGUCUUCCAGAAGAUAUUGUUAUUCCUUCUUCGAACCAGGCAUUUGAUAAGUUGGUUCAUUUUUCUUAUCCAAAUAUUUUGGAUAACAUGUCCUCAAAGGAUUUUUUCAAAGCAAGAACUAUACUGGCUCCCACGCUGGACAUUGUUGAAAAGGUCAACAAUCAUUUGAUGGCUAUCAUUCCUAGAGGAAAAAAAUUAUAUCUUAGUUCGGAUUCGAUUUGUAUAGAUGACGGGAAUAUGGAGAGUCAACUAGAUCUCUAUGGUCCUGAAUUACUGAAUAGCAUAAAUUACUCUGAUUUACCUCCACAUAAAUUAAUACUCAAGGUUGGUAUUCUAGUGAUGUUAUUCAGGAAUAUUGACCAAUCCAGUGGUCUUUGUAAUGAUACAAGGCUGCAAGUUAGGAAGUUUGGAAAUCAUGUCAUAGAAUGUGAAGUCUUGACGGAUAGCAAUGUUGGUCAUAUUGCUUUGAUUCCAAGAAUGAAUAUGGUACCAACAAAUGAACCUUCUAGUUAG